AUGAGCGAAACCAACAAUGAAGCACAAAACCACGAAAUGCCGAUGGACGACCCGAUGAGCCUCAUCAGCGAAAACAAGGAUUUUGUCCUCGAAAUCGACAGCGACAAUGAAGAUGACACCUCGGUUUUGCUCGACGAGAACGAGGAUCGGGUAUACCCCCCAGGUGCUGAUAACCAAGAAGAAGUGUACGACAUGCAAUUUCUACAUCGUGUGAUUGAAGAUGCCGGACGGUGGGCCUUUGGAAUCCUUCUCGCCGAGUUAUGGGUGAUGGACGAUACCGGGACGCUGCUCUUUCGUCCCGAUUGUGGAUGGUGGGCGGACCGCUAUGCGUCGACCGAAGCCUUUUCCAAACUGACCGAUUCUUCUCUUCCAGAUUAUAUUCCGGCCGAUCCUUGCAUGCCCGGCAUUGGAUUGCCAGGAUAUCUUUGGUCACAGGCUACAACCAACACAAGAAGUAGUACAAUAAGGCAAAGCACCAUCCGAGGUGGCUCUAACUUUCUUGGAACAAGCCGACAGCAUGGCGGGGCAAGGCGUGGAAGUGUUGCCUCCCGUGGCAGUAUGUUUGGAACUGGUACAAUUGGUAGCGGCAUGAUGCAUUCGCACCAUCCCGAUCAAUCUUCUUCUGCCAAACUUACCUGGUGCGAAGUCAAGCCCUUGGCCGACGAUCCCGAUCAGCCAUACUGCGAACGUACCCAAUAUCUAGCCAACAAGGCUGGACUCGGGUUGGCCGCGGGGGUGACCUUUAAUGUUGGAGGCACUCGAGGAAUCGUCGUUUACAUGGCCCGUGAUACGGCCAGUCUCAAAGAUCUGACCGAUUCUACCAACGAAGAAUACUUGCAACGAGCGACCAGUGUCAUUGGAUCGGCCUAUUCCCUGAGAAGGGCGCGGAUUGAAGUGGUAAAAAAGCGAAGAAAAGACAUCAACAAAUGCUGGCGACGGGUCCGCAUCAAGCUGUUGGCGAUCCGAUUCAUGGGAUUGUCUCUGGCCAAAGUGGUCGAACGGGAAGAGCAAAAAGCUGCUUUGCAAAAAGGAAAAUCACAAAGCAUGAAGGAUGUCAUGAAAGAACUAGAUGGAACCGUCAACAAAGUGGCGGGGUAUUUCAAAGCCAAGAUCAAGCAAGAAGCCAAAAAGUUCAUGGGUGCCAACGUCAAGGCACCCCCUCCUAUGGGAUGGUCAGCAUCCGCUUUUACCUUUAUGGGUUGCUUUCUCACCUUUGCAAUGUUGACGAACUUUAGCAAGUUCAUGCAACAAAGUUAUGGACCCGAAUACUCAAUUGUACUGCCUCCAUUUGGCGCACUGAUGGGUUUACACUAUGGUUUGACAUCCGCUCCUGCCUCCCAGCCUCGCAAUGCGAUUGUCGGUCAGGUUCUAGGACUCACCAUUGCGCAUUUGAUUGGAUCCUAUUUGGAUGUGGAACUCUGGUUGCGACAGUCACUGGCCAUUGCUUGCGCCGUUGGAAUCAUGGUCAAGUGCAGUGCGAUUCAUCCCCCAGCGGGAGCAGCGGCAGUAGUCUUUUCGAGUGGAACCUUUACAUGGAUUCAAGUGGGAAUGAUGUUGGUCGGAAAUGUCCUGGCUAUUCUGUCUUCCACACUGAUCAAUAAUUGGAAUGAUCAGCGGCAGUUUCCUACGUUUUGGGGAUUCCGUCCAAUCAACGAUUACUUUUCUGCAUUGUUUUCCGCAAAGAAGGAAAGCAUGGACAAGGAGAAAUAG